AUGUCCUCCAAUACUGCUGUCUCCAGCAAUGACUCCUCCUCCUCCUCCUCUUCCUCCUUCUCCUCUUCCUCCGGGCUGCACCUCACCCUGAAGCCCGAGGACCAUGGCACCAUUGUUGGACGUCACUUGAACUUCUCCCUAGAGAACUGGACCAGAAGUAGCCUGGCCAAGCUCCAAGCAGUCUCACCMGCCAGGCUGCUCAACGCCUCCUGCUCCUGGGAGAAGACACUGCAGUGCAGCUGCUCCUUCCACGGGAUCCCCACGCCCUCUGUGCAGUGGUGGGUGGGCGGUGUCCCUGUGGGUGUGAACAGCGUGGAUGGCGGCCUCCAGGUGACUUCCACCACGCUUGGCCCCUGGGCCAACAGCACCAUCAGCCUCAGGGGGGAUCCAGAAAUAGUCAGGAGGCUGCACUGUGCGGGCAGGAAUCCGUAUGGAAUCCACACUUCCAGCAUCUUCCUGAUACCAGGUAAGAGCUCCGUUUCCAGCGUGUUCCUGCGAGGGCUGGUCCAGGGCACGGUGUACGGGGCCAUGGCGUCCGCGCUGCUCCUCUUCUGCCUUGUCCUCCUUGCGAUGAAGAUGCUUCGGUGGAGGGCCAAAGAAGCCCUGGCCCUCAGGAGACCAGAGUUGCUGGGGCAGCCAGAAGCACCCAACGUGUUGGAAGCUGCAACCCCACAGGCCUGGGCUGGAGUGUGA